AAAUCUUUCCCACAAGCAACACAACGUUUUUGACCUAGUCAUAUACUCUUUCCUACAGGAAAUCUUGCGACUGGCGAAUAACCAGGAGUGCGCGUCACACCAAAGAGCAAAAUACAGGAUACAAACCAGAAAGAGAAGGGUCAACAUUCAGAGCGCACACCAUGGAACCCACACCUUCUACCCAGCAAAAACCCAUUCACUCACUCAUCCUUGAUACGGGCCCUCUGAUCAAAAACAUCGUCUCUAUCUCCACCCUCAUCAACUCCGCCGAGGAACUCUACACAACCCCAGACAUCCUACGUGAAGUCCGGGACGAAGCAACCCGAUCACGUGUGCAAACUACUCUCGUUCCAUUUUUGAAAAUCAGAACCCCCAGCCCAACCAGCUACGACGCUGUUGUUGAAUUCAGCAAAAAAACUGGAGAUCAUGCCGUACUGAGCAAACAGGAUUUGGGUAUUUUGGCGCUGGCGUACGAGGUGCAUUGUGAGAGGAAUGGGGGAACUUGGGGACUCAGAGAGGUGCCGAAGGGUGAGGUGAAAAGGAGGCCUGAGGAUAUUGAGAGGGAAAAGGCCGAGAAGGCCGAGAGGGAGAGGUUGGCCAAGGAGGCGGCGGCGGAGGGUGUGCUGUCGAAAUCUGCGGCUAAGCGGAGGCGUAGGGCGGAGAAGGCGAGGAAUGCGGCUGCUGAGGGUGUAGAAGAGGUGGCGGCGGAAGAGCAAGAGGCGCCGGAGAGUGGUGAGGUGGAGGACGAGGAGGGCUGGGAGCAGCCGACUGGAAAGCGUGCGGCUAAGGCUAGGGCGCCCAAGUCGACAAAGUUUAACUUCAAGCCUGCGGAAGAGAAGGUUGAGAGUGAGGCUGUUCAGGAACAAGAGAAGGAUGAAAAGGUUCCAGCCGACGAUGAUCAAGAGGAUGGGGGGGUUGCCAUCACCCAAGAGGAAGUAAAGGAGCAAAUUCAAGAGCAGGUUGCAGCGCAAGUCCAGGAUCAAGUUCAUGAGCAGGUCCAUGAGCAGGUUCAAGAACAGAUUCACGAGCAGCUUGCGGAAAAGGGCGAAGAGAAACUUGAGAGUCAGACUGUAGAGAAGGUUGAAGAGAAAGUGGAAAAGCAGGUCCAAGAGCAGGUCCAGGAGCAGCUUCAAGAGCAACUCGGUGAGCAGGGGCUUAUCGAGAAGUCGGCAACAGUUGAAGUACCAAGCGCAAACAUCCACGUUGAGCAAAAUGCAGAGCUGGCUGUCACACCAGAGCACCUAGCACAACAAGAAGCUUCUGAAGCCCCUUCGCAGAAGCACACUCUCGAGCACGACAUGUCCUCACUCUCCAUAACCCAACAACCCACCCCACCCACCACCGACUCCUCAGCCGCAGACUCCGACUCGGACGGCGACUGGAUCACGCCCACCAACCUCUCCAAGCACCAAGCCGCCGACUCAGACCUACAAUCCCACCUCCAAACCGCCUCCAAACCCGUUCAACUUGACCUUGCAACCAUGACCACCGACCACGCCAUGCAAAACGUACUCCUCCAACUCAACCUAUCCCUCCUCUCUCCCUCCCUCCAACGCAUCAAAACCGUAACCUCCAAAAUCCACCGCUGCCACGCCUGCUUCCUCCUCACCAAAGAAAUGACGCGCCAAUUCUGUCCUCGCUGUGGUCAACCCACUCUCCAACGCGUCUCCUGCAGCACAAACGCCAAGGGCGAAUUCCGCAUCCACCUUUCCAAAACAUACACUUACAACAAGCGCGGCGAUCGCUACAGCAUCCCCAAACCCAUUGCUGGCACGGCGAAUACGAAGUGGAAGGAGGGAUUGGGUGGUGGUAAGGGGGGGUGGGGCAGAGAAUUGAUUCUUGCGGAGGAUCAAAAGGAGUUUUUGAAGGUCAAGGAGGAGGGGAGACGGAAGAAGGCGAGGGAUGCGCUUGAUGAGGAUUAUCUGCCUGGGAUUUUGACGGGGGAGAGGGUGGAGAAGAGUGGGAAGGUGAGGGUCGGGGCUGGGAGGGAUGUUAAUGCUAAGAAGAGGUCGUGAGGAUGUAGUUGAAGGGGGGAAGUGAAGAGUAGGGUGAACGAGAGCAUAGUUUGGCAGGGGCCCGCAUUUUGGGAAUCCGCGGAAUGGGGUUUCGGGUGUCCCGCUGCAUCGGGUCUUUUUUUUCGCGCUAAAAAGGGGGCGUUUGUGGUUCAUUGUUGAUUAAAUCAGGAAUUUUUCUGGUGAGGUUGUGGCGUGGCUUGUGCUUAUUCGUUCGUUUGGGAGAAAAUACAGACGCCUCUGAAGACUUUUGCCGGCCAGUUACAUUGCUGUGAAUGUGUGAUUUGAUGGGAUCGAGUCC